AGAGUCUGGUGGGAUACAUAAAGGGCAGCUCGAGCGCCACUUCUUUUAAACACUGUCUAGUCGUAGGACAAAAACCACAACAUCCAUCCGCACCCAAAGAAUUUGUCCACUCUUUUAGUCAUUCCACAUCAAAGCAGCUAAAAAAUCCUUCCCAUCCGAGAACAAGUUCGGUCUGAAUUUUCUUAUUUCCCCCAUUGCGUCUUUUUUCCUUAGGCAAAAAAAGUAAAAUAAAUUAUUUUAUUGAAGGAGCUCAUAAAAAGAAAAAAAAACGGACCUUUUGUGAAUGAUUUAAAAAAGAAGUUCUGUGGUGAAGUCUCUGAAUUAAUUGCCGUGAAGAAUUAAUUUGUUUUCCAAUUAACUUUUGAGAAAGUGACUGAAGCAGACAAUAACCAGAGGGUGCAGAACGUGGGAGAGUGCAACAGGAUAGAGAAGCUUUUGGGAAUUGCGUCAAAGGAGACUGCAUAGUUGGUGUAAAAUCAACAAAUUCAAUUAAAGAAGAGUCAAUUUCGAGCCACCACAACAGAAUGCGUCCAGCCCUGAUUCCACUUUUCCUCCUUGGUGGCUUCUGCGUGGCAGUCUUCGCAACAAGUGACACCCUCAAUGAACGAGAAGACGGCUACAAUCUCAAUUCCCUCCUGCCGCCAAGUGGAUCACGCAAUGCAGUUCCACUGAGGGAUUUGGAGCCGCUGGAACAGCUCGUGGACAAGAAGGCAGAUCGCUAUGUCUUUGGGCUGGGCAGGAGGUCUGAUCCCUACGCCGCGGCGGCAGAAUCCUCCGGGGGUACCAUCAAACGACUCCCAAUGUACAACUUUGGGCUGGGCAAACGAGCACGGCCAUAUGCUUUUGGCCUAGGGAAGCGGAGUGGUGAUGACGAUGAAUACCAAGACGCUGUGGAUGCUUACGAAUCCUGGCCAGUCAUGUAUCCCAUUGGAGAAAAAUCUGACGCUUUGGACAUCAAGAGAGGUCGACCGUACAGCUUUGGACUCGGCAAGAGGUACAUGUCCAAAAAUACAGAUCCCGUGGAAAGAAGAUCCGCAUCGCGAUACAAUUUCGGCCUUGGUAAGCGUUAGAUAAAAGAAAAACAUCAUAAACGCGCAUUAAUGCAUUAAAAAGUGUAAUAAAUAUUUCAACAAGAAAAAAAAAGAGAGAAAUAAGAUCAUUAAACUAUCUGUAUUGUCAUUUAAUUUUACCUCUCCUCGGUGGCUUCUCUUUUCAAUUUCAUUAAACUAUAGAAAACUUAUUAAGGUUAAAAAUCUAUCUUCUCGAAAAUAUUGUUUAAAAACAAAGCUAAAUGAACUUAUUAUUAAAAAAAAUGUAAAGUGUCCAUUUACUGCUCAUUGAGAUGAAAAUAGGAAAAAUAAUUAGAAGUUUCUCCCUCAGUCAUGCUGACUUACAUUUUUCUCUUCUUCAUCAUGAGGUGAGAAAUUUUAACAGAGAGCUGAGAAAAUCUUUGUGAAAAUAUUCCCUGAAUUUAAAGUGAAAAACACUUCAAAAAAUAUUUGUAAAAUUAUUGUAGUUGUAUUAUAAAUGAAAAAAAAAAAACAAACAAACUGUGUUUCAAAGUCUUUUAUGUCUGAGCCAAAAAAAAAAAACAACCAAAUGGAUAAUAAAAGUCAAUGUCCUUAAAAUUCCUUUUAAAAGUCAAAUAAAAAACAUGCAGACUUACCCCAAAUCCCCUCUUCCUGUAAGAAAAAAUAAAUAAAAUGUUGCAACAAAAAAUCUUACAAAAAAACAUGAAAAUUUAUUUAAUAACCAUCUAAUCCUAAUGUUAAUAUAAUAUAUAUUUAGAUUACAAAGAGAAGGUGAGAUAAUAUAAUUAAAGAUCAUACUGCAAAGAAAAUAAUUCAAUAAAGUUAUUGUCUUUUAGUAA